CCCACCGACGAGAAACCUAGCCGCACAGAGGGUGCAAGUGAAGGAGGCGAGGGAGCAGGACAGAGAAAAAGGGGACGAGAACGGGGAUAGUUAGCCCAUGUAGCCCUUAGCCGCGUACCGGUUGGUGGGCGAGCUACCCAGCCCGGGCUGCUGUGCCGAACCAUCCAUGGGUGGCUGUGUGGGGAGCCACCAUGACUCCUCGGGCAGUUUGAACGAGAACUCGGACGGAACCGGAGUGACACUUGGGCGGAACCAGCCUUUAAAGAGGGAGCGUCCCAAAUGGAAGAGCGACUAUCCAAUGACAGAGGGCCAGCUGCGCAGCAAGAGAGAUGAGUUCUGGGACACGGCGCCAGCCUUUGAGGGCCGCAAGGAGAUCUGGGAUGCGCUUCGUGCGGCCGCCAGCGCCUUCGAGAGCCAUGACCACCAGCUGGCCCAGGCCAUCCUGGAUGGCGCCAGUAUCACUCUGCCACACGGAGCUCUGACGGAAUGUUACGACGAGCUGGGGAACCGCUACCAGCUUCCCGUCUACUGCCUGUCCCCGCCGGUCAACAUGAUCGAGGAGCGCUGGGACGAACCCGACGGUUCUGACCCGGACUCAGGCACCGCAGACGUCUGUGGGGGCGGUGACGCCGGCUCCGCAGGGGAGUGCCAGCUGCGGCUGCGCCUCUCCACGGGUCGCGAUCUCCGGCUUGCAGUGCGUUCUGUAGAUACGGUGGGCAUGAUGAAACGGCGUCUCCAAAGUCAGGAGGGCGUGCCCGCCACCACUCAGCGUUGGUUCUUCUCAGGUCGGCCGCUGACGGACAGACUGCGUUUGGACCAGCUCAACAUCUCGCGAGACUACGUGGUGCAGGUCAUCCUCAGCCAGCCGUUGCCGCCUUCAACGCCAGCACACACGGCUGAGACAAUUGGGUCGGGCCAGGCAGAGGAGCUGCAGCAGGAACCUGUGCCUGUGGAGGAUUAGCUCUGCCCAGUCUGGCGGUGUGGAGGUGGAACUCUUGAGAUGAUGUGACCUGCUGGAUCACCUGAAAGAAGAGAAAAAAACUCUUUGCUUUUGAAAGGUUUCUAUGGAAACCAAACAGAACCUUUGUCACUGGCAACGUGGACUCUUUAUGAGGCGUGUAGUAGCUCAUCAUGCUAACCUGGCAAGACAGACGCAGCUGGAUUAGAUGCUUUAUAUCACGCUACAAUCACGCUAUCAUGGUUGAGUGUGCGUGUGUGUGUGUUCUGGUACAUGAUGAAGACACAUCAUCCUCCAUUACUUUCAGCAACAGGAGGAUACAGGCGCAUAUUUUGAUUGAAAAAAACUUUUUUAAUUAAAAUGAAUCUUUGUUUGUA